AUCUGGUAUUUCUUGGACGGAUUUGAAAGUAUCUUGAUACGGACAGACUCUUUGAAAUUGCUUGAAAAAGUCGUGUUAGCCUUAGAGGCUCUCGGAUCCUUGCUUGCUUUAGACAUCAUUCGCCUUUGCCAUGGAUUCGGAGACUCUAGCACCUCUAAAUUUGUUGAUGAAGGCGAAGUCAAAGGAGUUCGUGUCCCGCCUGUUUCACGAAGCGUUUAGAUAUCGUAACAGCGGGGGAGUAUUUCCAAAGGCUGUCAUUCAAGCUGUAGCAGAAGAGCUGCAAGUAGAGAGCGUGCAUGUGGUCGAGCUAUUGAAAGCGGCCGCAGCACUAGUGCAUUACGUUAUCUUUGAAGAUGUAACGAACGGAAAGGAGAUCAUGGGCCUACUUCCAGGCGAUCUAAAUGAUAAGUUGAAGCAGCUGGCGGCAAAGAUAAUUGUUGAGAACCUUGAAUCCUGGAAAGCGUCCGCUUCUGGACAACAAAUUUCAUUACCUCAACUCCUCGACUUUGACUGGCGAAUCGAUGUCAAGACAUCGGCAAGCAACUUCUCUCGCUUGGCUAUGCCAACUUGUUUGUUGCAACUGCAGGUGCAAGAUCUUCCUUCGCACGUCGACCAGGUACCCAGUGUACGGCAUGUCAACGUUGAAUUUAGCCGCGAGACACUCGACACUAUGCUCGACGGUCUUGGCAAGAUCCGUGACCAGCUAUCAUCAGUUGCCUCGAAGGCAUCCGGAGAAUAAUAAGCGUCUGCAGUCAAAUUAUUUUUGUCACGUGCACACAUCUAGAGUAUCCCUCCGUCCAUUCGAAUUCAGCGGAACGAACAUUUACAAGUUUUAUGAAAAUUCAAAAUUUCUAGUUGCAUUCUGCAUGCAUAGGGAGGACAGUGUGUAAAUACUAGGUAGCGUGUUGAUCAUGCAUCUGUCAUCUCCAGCAUUUUUGAGUGUUGAUUCUUUUCUGGGUUCCUUUACCCGCAACAGAGAGCGUGCGUAUUGAAAACAUUUUUAAUUAUUUUUCUUUUAAUCAACCAUAUAACACACAUACUUCGAAGUAGAGAGGGCCUUGUGCAUGUCGCUAAUUGGUUAAAUCAUUGCCCGCUAUUUGUAUUUUUUUACUCAAUGUAGUGUAACUGUGAUUCAUGUGCUCCAACCUGAUGUUAGCCCUCACUGUACGGGGCUGUUCGCUUACUGUAUCAUUUGAAAAUGAACACGUGGUCCAUGUACCUUGUACACAA